UAAAACGACGAGACGUCCUCCAUGGUGUCAUUGCAGCUCCGCUGAGGUUGUUGGACGACAGCGGACAAUCCAAACGAAAAUGUCUGGCUACAACCCGGACGAAAAGCUCCGCUUCGAUCAGCUCACCAAGCUCCGAAGGCAGUGGCUGAAGGACCAGGAACUCAGUCCGAGGGAACCCGUUGUUCAGGCCAAACCACCCGGCGCCGUCGCUAAAUUCUGGGCAGGUUUUCUGGAGCCCAAGAGCCUAUGGAGGCUUUAUACAUACAAAGCCUACAAAGGGGGUGUUUUCACAUUAACACGCCUGUUGAUACCUGCCUGGAUUGUCCACUACUACGUCAAAUACCAUGUUGCUAAAAGGCCAUACGGCAUUGUGGAGUUGAAACCCAAGCUUUUCCCAGGUGAUGUUAUUCUGGAGACAGGCGAAGUUGUUCCAGACCUCCCUGAGAGCCACAGCCAUCAUUGACCUAUUCAGUUUCAUAAGUGUCUGUCUGUAUAAACUGUGAAUACAAUAAAAAUGAGUGACAUUAUAAGUGUGGUUUUUUUCAGUAUGUUGUGUUACAUAAUCCAUCA